AUGGUGAUGCAAAUCUAUGCAAGGACUCUUUCACAAAAGAUCAUAACACUUGACGUUGAAAGAUUCGAUACCAUCAAUUAUGUCAAGGCAAUGAUUCAGGACAAAGAAGGGAUUCCUCUUGACCAUCAAAAACUCAUCUUUUCCGGUAAACAGCUCGAAGAUGGCCGUACUUUGGCUGACUACGAUAUCCAGAAGUACUCGACGCUCCACUUGGUUCUCGCGUUGAGAGGUGGGAUGCAGAUCUUUGUUAAGACUCUUACAGGCAAGACAAUAACCCUUGAGGUUGAGAGUUCAGACACUAUUGACAAUGUCAAGGCCAAGAUUCAAGAUAAAGAAGGAAUCCCUCCGGACCAACAGAGACUUAUCUUUGCCGGUAAGCAGCUCGAGGAUGGUCGCACCCUUGCGGAUUACAACAUCCAGAAGGAGUCAACCCUUCACUUGGUGCUUCGACUGAGAGGAGUUGUGAUGGUUCAUCACAAAACCCACAAGUUGAGAGCUCAGACACCAUUGACAACGUCAAGGCGAAGAUUCACGACAAGGAAGCAGAGACUCGUAUUCGCUGGCAAACAGCUCGAGGAUGGUCGCACUCUCGCGGAUUACAACAUUCAAAAGGAAUCAACCCUUCACCUUGUCCUUCGUUUACGCGGUGGAAUGCAAAUCUUUGUGAAAACACUCACUGGUAAAACCAUUACCUUAGAAGUUGAAAGCUCAGACACCAUUGACAACGUCAAAACAAAGAUUCAAGACAAGGAAGGGAUUCCUCCGGACCAGGUAAACAACUUGAGGAUGUUAGUGCUAAAUCUCACAUCUAUAUCUCUGAUUAUCGGAUAA